AAUGUGUAGUGGUUUUGUUGAGCUUAAUAAAAAAAAGUUAAGAGAAGCGGAAGUGGCUUUGUGGAAGUGAAAGGUCAGACUUCCGGAAACAGUCGCGCAGAGGGCGGCUAGUAAAAGAUGCUAGCAGUGUUUUUAUGAUCGCUAAACAACAUCAGCGGUAUUAAAUAGAAAUAUAUGAUCAGACCGAUCCGAUGAUUUGGAUGUUGUAAGACACGAGACUCAAAUGAUCCACCAGCGACCGCUGUUUUUAAUUUUAUAUCAAACACAUUAUCGGAAUAAUGACAACAACAGCGCAAUGAUGCUUUUAUGUGAUCUUUCAUUGCGGGAGAAUUGGACUGAAGUCGCAGGAUAAGAAGAAAGAGCUCAUGGAUGAAUAAAUAUCAUUUCUUAUGAAGGAUUAAUUCAUAUAAACGCACAAAUGACUGCAGGCAGUGCGGGACAUUUUUAUAUUAUAACUGAACAUCUGUGUGUGUGUAGUGUGUUUGUGUGUGUCUGAUGAUGAUGGUGUGUGUGUGUUGUAAGUACUGAGUGUAGCUUUCUGUGUGAUGUUUGCUCGUGAAUGUUCGUGACAUGUCGGUGUUUAGUGAGUUCGUGGCUCCGCCGGAGUGUCCGGUGUUUGAGCCCAGCUGGCAGGACUUCAGCGACCCGUUCGGUUUCAUCCAUAAGAUCCGAGACAUCGCCGAGAACACGGGAAUCUGCAAGAUCAGACCUCCACAGGGUUGGCAGCCUCCUUUCGCUUGUGACUUUCGCAGUUUCCGCUUCACUCCACGAAUCCAGCGACUCAAUGAACUGGAGGCUCUUACGAGAGUCAAGCUCAACUUUCUGGACCAGAUAGCCAAAUUUUGGGAACUUCAGGGUUGCAAACUCCGUUUUCCUCACGUAGAGAGAAAAGUUCUGGAUCUCUACCUGCUGAGCAAGCUUGUGUCUGCAGAAGGAGGCUUUGACGUGGUUUGUAAAGAGAAAAAAUGGUCAAAGAUCAGCAGUCGCAUGGGCUAUCCGUCAGGGAAGGGGGUGCCGUCUCUGUUGCGCUCUCACUUUGAGAGGAUCCUGUAUCCGUACGAGCUCUUCCAGUCUGGAGCGUCAUUAACCGGAAUUCACAGACUUUACCCAGACGUCUCUGAGUCGGAGGAUACUGAUGAAGGGAUUGGGCGUGGGGAGGAAGAGGAGGAUGAAGAAAAGGAGACGGAGCGCCGUUCUCCUCGACACAUGAAGGAUGAGAGAGAAAAUGAGGAACCUAAAGCCAUGCAGAUGUUCAGCAGCAGCCCAGAAGUGCUCACAUUAGACAUCAUCACACCUGAUGAUGAAAGCUUCAUCAGAAAGCAGAAGCACUUGAAGGCUCAAGCGUAUGCCAUUAAAAUGCGUCCACGCAAGGAGAUGUUGGAGGUCAAUUACAUCGACCUGUACAUGUGCAUGGCGUGUGGGCGGGGCGACGAGGAGGACCGCCUCCUCCUGUGUGACGGCUGCGACGACAGCUACCACACCUUCUGCCUGAUUCCUCCCCUGCAGGACGUACCCAAAGGAGACUGGCGCUGUCCCAAGUGUGUGGCAGAGGAGUGUAACAAGCCACGCGAGGCGUUCGGGUUCGAGCAGGCCGUGCGCGAGUACACCCUUCAGAGCUUCGGCGAGAUGGCAGACCACUUCAAGUCUGAUUACUUCAACAUGCCGGUUCACAUGGUGCCCACUGAGCUGGUGGAGAAAGAGUUUUGGCGUCUGGUGAGCAGCAUCGAGGAGGACGUGAUCGUGGAGUACGGCGCUGACAUCAGCUCCAAGGAUGUAGGGAGUGGAUUCCCGGUCCGGGAUGGAAAGAAGAAACUCUUUGGAGAUGAAGAUGAGUACGCUAACUCGGGCUGGAAUCUGAACAACAUGCCGGUGCUGGAGCAGUCGGUGCUCACGCACAUUAAUGGAGACAUCUCGGGCAUGAAGGUGCCCUGGCUGUACGUUGGUAUGUGCUUCUCCUCGUUCUGCUGGCACAUCGAGGACCACUGGAGUUACUCCAUCAACUUCCUGCACUGGGGUGAACCCAAAACCUGGUACGGAGUUCCAGCGCAUGCAGCCGAGCAGCUGGAGUCUGUCAUGAAGAAAGUUGCUCCGGAGCUGUUCCACUCGCAGCCCGACCUGCUGCAUCAACUCGUCACGCUGAUGAAUCCAAACGUCCUCAUGGAGCACGGCGUCCCGGUGUAUCGGACCAAUCAGUGCGCAGGAGAAUUUGUUGUGACCUUCCCGAGAGCCUAUCACAGUGGUUUUAAUCAAGGUUAUAACUUCGCUGAGGCCGUGAACUUCUGCACUGCAGACUGGUUGCCCGUCGGGAGGCAGUGCGUGGCGCAUUACAGACGUCUUCAGCGUUACUGUGUGUUCUCACAUGAAGAGCUGGUGUGUAAGAUGGCCACUGACCCAGAAAGUCUGGACGUGGAACUGGCUGCUGCCGUGGUCCGAGAGCUCAGCGAGAUGAUGACGGAGGAGACCAGACUGAGAACGAUCAUCCAAGAGAUGGGGGUGCUCUCUUCGGAGCAGGAGGUGUUUGAGUUGGUGCCAGAUGAUGAGCGUCAAUGCUGGAAGUGUAAGACCACCUGUUUCCUCUCUGCUCUCACCUGCACCUGCAGUCGUGAGCGUCUGGUCUGUCUGCACCACGCAGCCGAGCUCUGCAGCUGCCCGGCGAGUGAAAAGUGUCUGCGGUACAGAUACGAUCAGGACGAGUUUCCCACAAUGCUCUAUGGGGUGAAGUCACGUGCACAGUCCUACGACACUUGGGCCAAGAGAGUCACGGAGGCGCUAUCAGGCGAUAUCAAGAACAAGAAAGAUCUGAUUGAGCUGAAAGUUCUUCUGGAGGACGCCGAGGACAGGAAAUAUCCCGAGAACAACCUCUUCCGUAAUCUGAGAGACACCGUGAAGGAGGCUGAGACGUGCUCAUCUGUGGCUCAGUUAUUGCUCAGCCACAAACAGAAACACAAACGAGAACGUCCUGAGAGCGGCGCACAGAAGGCACGAAGCAAACUGACCGUAGACGAGUUGAAAGUGUUUGUGGAGCAGCUGUAUCGCCUGCCCUGCAUCAUCAGCCAGUCUCAUCAAGUUAAAGAAUUGCUGGAGAACGUAGAGGACUUUCAUGAACGCGCUCAGGCGGCUCUCUCGGACGAGACUCCAGACUCCAGUAAGCUCCAGGCUCUUUUAGAUUUGGGCUCAGGACUUGACGUGGAGCUGCCCGAGCUGCCGCGUCUCAAACAGGAGCUGCAGCAGGCGCGCUGGCUGGACGAGGUGCGUCUGACGCUCGUGGAGCCGCAUCGAGUCACGUUGGAGCUCAUGAAGAAGCUGAUCGACUCGGGCGUGGGCCUGGCGCCGCAUCACGCGGUGGAGAAGGCCAUGGCUGAGCUGCAGGAGCUGCUGACUGUGUCGGAGCAUUGGGAAGAGAAAGCUCGGACGUGCCUGCAGGCCAGGCCUCGGCACAGUUUAGUGACGCUGGAGAGUAUUGUAAUGGAAGCAAAGAAUAUCCCAGCAUACCUGCCCAAUGUGCUCGCCCUAAAAGACGCCCUGCACAAAGCAAAAGAAUGGACGGCCAAAGUUGAAGCCAUUCAGAACGGCAGUAACUACGCCUACCUGGAGCAGUUAGAGGGUCUGCUAGCGAGGGGUCGCUCCAUCCCGGUCAGAUUAGAAGCCUUGCCACAGGUCGAGUCACAGGUGGCGUCUGCCAGAGCCUGGAGGGAAAGGACGGCUCGCACGUUCCUAAAGAAAAACUCCACGUACACCUUACUCCAGGUGCUCAGUCCACGUGUCGACAUCGGCGUGUACGGCACCAGCAAGAGCAAACGCAAGCGUGUCAAAGAACUGCUGGAGAAAGACCGCGGCCUGGAGCUGGAAUCUCUGAGCGACCUCGACGACGGCUCGGAGGAGACCCGUGACCCCGGUGCCGUCGUAGCCGCCUUCAAAGCCAGAGAACAGCAGGAAGUAGAUGCCAUCCAUUCGCUCCGUGCCGCCAACCUGGCCAAAAUGGCGAUAGUGGAGCGCAUAGAAGAGGUAAAAUUCUGUCUGUGUCGUAAAACGGCCAGCGGAUUCAUGCUGCAGUGCGAGCUGUGUAAAGACUGGUUUCACGGCGCUUGCGUUCCCCUGCCCAAAGCCGGAUCUCAGAAGAAAACGGUGGCGGGCUGGCAGAGCUCAAGCAAGGAGUCGAAGUUUCUUUGCCCGUUGUGUCAGCGUUCCAGGCGACCGAGACUGGAGACUAUCCUGUCGCUGCUGGUGUCGCUGCAGAAGCUUCCCGUGAGGCUGCCGGAGGGCGAGGCGCUGCAGUGUCUUACGGAGAGAGCCAUGGGCUGGCAGGACCGUGCUCGGCAGGCCCUCGCCACCGACGAACUCUCCUCGGCCCUGGCCAAGCUGUCGGUGCUCAGCCAGCGCAUGGUGGAGCUCGCUGCUCGAGAAAAGACAGAGAAGAUUAUCAAUGCAGAGCUGCAGAAGGCGGCAGCCAACCCUGAUCUGCAGGGUCACAUCCAGACGUUUCAGCAGGCUGGUUUUAGCAGGGCAACGUCACCACGACCCUCCAUAGACUACGACGAUGAGGAGACCGAUUCAGACGAGGACAUUAGAGAGACCUACGGAUAUGAUGUAAAGGAUUCAGGUGAAGUGAAGCCGUAUUUAUUUUGUGAUGAGGAAAUCCCUGUGAAAUCAGAGGAGGUGGUCAGUCACAUGUGGCCGACGACGCCGUCUUUCUGCGCAGAGCACGCAUACUCAUCGGCCUCCAAGUCCUGCCCACAGAAUCCCACUGUCCCACGCAAACAGCCCAGAAAAACACCCUUAGUGCCCAGGAGUCUGGAACCACCGGUGCUCGAACUGUCGCCAAGUGCCAAGGUUCAGCUGGAGGAGCUGAUGAUGGAGGGUGAUCUGCUGGAGGUGUCUCUGGAUGAGACGCAACACAUCUGGAGGAUUCUGCAGGCUACGCACCCUCCAUCAGAAGACAAGUUCCUGCAGCUCAUGGAGCCUGAUGAUGCUCCUCUAGACAAACCUGUCAAGCUAAAGGUGAAGGACAUCGAAAAGAAGAGGAAGAGGAAGCUGGAAAGGGCAGAACAGCAACUUCUUCUGGCCGCUAGUGGCAUGGAUGGACGACCAAAAUCUAAAGACAUGAAACGGGUGCUGGACCUUAAGCCCAAGAAGAAGAAACUGAAGCUCAAUCCGGACAAGUCUCGCGAGCUGAAGCAGCUGGCCAAGCGUCUGGUUAAGGAGGAGAAGGAACGGAAGAGGAAAGAGAAAGCUGCCGCCAAGGCCGAGUUCUCCAAGGAUGGGCUCGAGAAGAAGGCAAGAAAAAUCCUGGAUAUACCAUCGAAAUACGACUGGUCCGGCGCCGAGGACUCCAAUGACGAGAACGCCGUUUGUGCCGCCAAGAACUGCCAGCGGCCGUGCAAGGAUAAGGUGGACUGGGUCCAGUGUGACGGCGGCUGUGAUGAAUGGUUUCAUCAGGUGUGUGUCGGAGUGUCGUGCGAGAUGGCAGAGAACGAAGACUAUAUCUGCUCGGCUUGCUCUCGUAAAGUUACCACAGAGACGGUAGUGAUGUCAUCGGCAGUGUGCAGCAGUCAGUCUGUCCCGACCCUUCCUCAAACCGACCCUCAGGAGAACAGUUAACACUUGGACCCUCACCCAUCAUAUGACACUGAUAUAAACAUCAUCACGUAUGAGUACAGAUUCAGCUCACGAUGUCUGUGGCACAGGGUGAGCGAUGAUGAACGAACCCAAAUCCACGGCAGAUCAGAGGAGUCGGCACGACAUCGCGCAGCAAAUGAACUCGAGUUCGAUCUCUGCCGUCAGCAGGUGUGGGAUUGGGAUUAAAUGCUUGGAUUUAGGGUAUCUAUUUAUGAUGUAAAUGGAUUUUUAUCAAUUCAUAAUGGGAAGUUGGAUGGUAGUUUUUCCACAUUUAGUCAAAUCAUUGUUGUCAUUUUUGCAUUACAGUGUUGAGAUAUUAGGGAAAUGAUCAUGAAUAAACCAUACUAGUCCUAAAAUGAGCUUCAUUUUCUUGAUAAGAUCUAUUAUUAUCCCUGUACGUUCAGAACUGUUGAACCUCACCUGCGCCUGAUGUUUGAGCUGCACAUUUCAGAUAGCACAUAAUGCAGUGAAGAGGUUAGGCUAUGAAAACUUAAGAGGUUUUUAAAAACUGCAGCAUCUGUUGACCUUCACUUUUCCCAAAUCUCUAUUUGUCUGCAAAUGUUUUCACAUUUGAUUGUGUGUUUAAUAUUUGUUGAACUUUGUAGUUAUCAUCACGUUUUAUCCUACAGAGUGCAAACUACUUUUAUUAAACAUGACCAGAUGAAC